AUGUCAUCUACCGCUAGCAAUAAUAAUUAUUCAUCGUCAACUCAAGAUAGUAAUGAUAAUAAAAAAAAAUCCAAUAAUAGUGAUAAUAAUAAAAAAAGUUUUUCAUCAAAGUUUUUAUCUAAUGCGAAAACAGGCAGUGAUGAACAACCGAUUGACAAAACCUUUUACAACGUAUUAAAUGUGACGCCAACGGCCUCCGCAGCUGAAAUAAAAAAAGCAUACUAUUCAUUAUCAUUACAAUAUCAUCCGGAUAGGACUUCACAUCUAAACGAAAUUGUCAGACGAGAAUAUGCUGAAAAAUUUAAAUUGAUCUCACAAGCGUAUACAAUUUUGAGUGAUCCAGAAAAACGAUUAAUAUACAAUAAAUAUGGUCUUGAUGAACGAUCGAGUGGUGUAAAUGCCCCAAUGCGCAUGGAAGAUUUUGAUGCUGAACAAUUUUUUCAACUUAUGUUUGGGGGAGAGCAAUUUAUAAAAAUAAUUGGUGAUUUUGAGUUAGCUAAAUCGUUUCAACAUGCUAUUUCAGAAAUAUUGGCUGCAGAAAAUCAAGAUCCAUCAACAGAAACAAAAGAACAAAAAGAAGAAAAACAACGAAAACGUCAAGAAUAUUUUGAUGAACGUAUGGCAGCGAGACAAGAACGUAUUAAAACAUUGUCAACAAAUCUUAUUUAUAAACUAUCUAUUUACACUGAAGCAUUUCCAUAUAAAAAUGAUUUAAAGCAUAGUGAUGAAUUAGCUGCACAAGCAUUUAGUAAUUUUGUUCAACUCAUUCAAUUAGAUAUACCAAAUUUAGUGCAAGCACCCUAUGGUGAAAAUUUGUUACAUUGUAUCGGUUACAUUUAUUCGUCAAAAGCUACCCAGUUUUUAGCAAAAAUGGAUUCACAGGAAGGACAUAUUGGAAAGCGUGUUGUAGCUGUUAGUAAAGGAAUAAAAGCAACGUGGAAAGAGCGUGUACAUGUUAUAAAAGAAACAGUCAAAACAGUUAAAUGUGCGGUUGAGUGGACACAGUCGAUGGGAAAACUCGCUCAAGCAGCUGAAGAUGAAGCUAAUGAAAAAGAAGCAUUAAAUGCUGAUAAGCAGACACCUUUUCAACAUCACUCUGGGCACUUAGAGUAUGAGGGAUACAUUCCUCCUUCACAACCGGAAAAUAGCAGUACAUCCGGUUCCGCUGAAACUGCUACUGCUUCUUCUCAGCAACAACACGCCACAACAAGUGCAGGAGCAACAAAUAGUAAACUUAAAGUAAGCCAGUCAAAACAUUCGUCAGUAAGAGCGAAUACACCAUUGACACCUGAAGAAAAACUUAAAUUAGAGUCUGACACAGCAGCAAAAAGUAUGGAAGCAUUAUGGAGAGCAACAAAAUUAGAGAUAGAGUCAAUUGAACGAGAUGUUUGUGAAAAUGUAUUAGGUGAUCCAUCUGUGACGAGAGAAGUAAGACGUCGAAGAUGUGAUGCUUUGGCAAAAAUGGGAGAGUUAUGGGAAGCGGCCGCUGAACAUUAA